AUGCCUGUCCGCGAGCCUUCAGUUCCCAUUUAUGACAUCGCUGCUGUUGGACAACCCCCAUCCAGCGACUUUCGCAGUCCAGAAGACAAUCUGAGAUUGUGGCAAUUCCUUAGUGUGUCAUGGAUGGCACCGCUCAUCGCUACUGGGAAGAAAAGACGAUUGGACGAGGACGACGUCUGGUUCCUUGGCUUCGAAUUCCAACAUCGCAGGUUACAUGACAAGUUUCGUCGACUUAAAGGCUCAGUGAUUGGUCGUCUGCUUCGUGCGAACGGGAUUGAUGUAGUGAUUGUUUCCACCAUUGCAAUUGUGCAGAUGAUAUGCGACUUCGCGACCCCAAUCUUGUUGCAGCAACUCCUUCAAGCCAUGCAGGACAUGAGCUCAGGGAAACGCCCUGCCCUGACCUAUGCAUUGGCCACUCUCGUCCUUCGUGUGGUUGCGGCGCAAUCGCAGGUACUCAACCUUUGGUUCGGUAGACGAUGCUACGAGAGGAGCAGAGGGGAGAUGAUCAUGAUGGUCUACGAGAAGGCACUCUCUAGGAAGAACAUUUUUGAGCCCCAGUCAGAACAAAAGGAUGAAGGGGCAGCAAACGGAGAGCUUGUCGAAGAAGAUACAGACGAAGAAGUGGAGAUUCCCAAGCGAAGAAAACUCUGUGGGAUAUUCUCUGGCCGCCGGCAAACCAAGAAAAAGGCAGCCAAAUCGGCUGCCUCGAUGGGCAAGAUUUUCAAUUUGCUCCGUGGUGAUGUUUACGAAGUCGCCCAGCGGUUUUGGGAAGUCGACUCCUUGAUUGACAAGCCUCUUGGACUUAUCAUUGCAGUCGUGCUUGUUUGGAAGCUUUUUGGGCCAUCAUGCUUCCUGGGAAUCCUAGCAAUCCUGGUUGCUCAGGCUUUGAACGCCGUCAUUACUCGUACACUCCUCCGUUGGGAGCGAGUGCGGAGACUCGCAACAGAUGCCAGACUUCAGAUAACUUCUCAAUUUGUCGAAGCACUUCGUCACCUUCGCUGGUAUGGAUGGCAGGAUCACUGGUACCGGCAGGUUAUGGAUGCUAGGCAAUCGGAGCUGAACCUUCGUAUCAUCACCAACCUGUGGAGCAUCCUGAUUCGUUUCGUGAACACUUUUGCUAGCGGUGUGUUCCCUGUAGUGGCUCUGUAUGCCUACACCCUUCUGGCUGGUCAUCCUCUCCGCAUUGACAUAAUCUUCCCUGCCUUGCAGCUGUUUACUAUGCUGGAAACCCGCCUUAGAGAUAUCCCUAGUCUCAUAACAGUACUGAUCAAUGCAUCUAUCGCCGUCGAAAGAAUUGAGGACUUCAUGGCCGAGCCGAACAAGGAGACACCUACUACCGAUCCCGCCCACUCUUUUUCCGUUCAGCUACAGCAUUGCUCAUAUGCUUGGCCUGGUCGAGUCGGUCCGGUGCUGUCAGAUAUCAGUUUGAGGAUAUCCGAGGGGCUGACUGUUGUUUCUGGUAAGGUAGGGGCUGGAAAAACGGCUCUACUUCAAGCACUUCUCGGCGAACUGGACAGGAUUGGCGGCUCUGCUGAAAUCCCUAAUGAGAUGGUGGGCUAUUGUGCUCAAACACCAUGGCUCCAGAGCAUGAGUAUCCGAGACAACAUCCUUUUCUCCUCGCCAUAUGAUGAGCAAAGGUACCAGAAAGUUCUGGAUGCGUGUGCCUUGCUUCCUGAUCUCGAGAAUUUCGAGCAUGGAGACCUUUCUUUUGUGGGUGAGAAUGGUAUAGGCCUUUCUGGCGGCCAGAAAGCCCGCGUUGCGCUGGCGCGAGCACUUUACAGUACGGCUAGGAUUUUGUUGCUUGACGACCCAAUUUCUGCUCUUGAUCACAACACUGCUGAGACCGUGGUUCGAAAGUGCUUUACGGGUCCUCUGAUGCAAAACCGCGUCGUUGUUCUCGUUACACAUCGUACCGCGCUGGUCAGUCAUAUCGCCGAUCAAAUAGUGCACAUUGAAGAUGGCCGGGCUACAAUUCACGGUAAACAGGCCGUGUCUAUGGAUUCGGCCGCUGAUGAAGAUGUCCAAUCGCAUUUAGCAAAGACAGCCGAGGCCCAAAGCGAGAUUCAAGGCGCUCUUCGAGAGGCUGCGGCUUCGGCUCCGACAAAGUUCAUCGAGGAAGAGCACCGUGCGGAAUGGGGCGUGCAAGCCCGAGUCUAUUGGAACUACAUCAGGGCUGGAAGAUAUAGAUGGUGGAUUUCACUAGUAUUUAUCUUGGCCAUCUACCGAUUAACGUCGGUAGGGCAAUCGUGGUUCCUAAAGGAGUGGGGUGAAGCCUACAACCACAUUCUCCUGGCAUUCAGCCAUUCCACCCCCGAAGGCAGAUAUUCCGCAGGACAAUGGGUUGUACCUUAUGGGUGGUCCCAGGUGUUCCGUUGGAACCCAACAGAUCCCCUGGAAAAGCUACCAGCGCCAUUCGAAGACGUGCGUCCUUGGCUUCUGGCCUUCUUUGUGAUAACAACGUUUCAAUCGGCCAUGCUUCUGUUUGCGCAACUUUUGAUGCUGGUCAUUGUCUACUGUGCAGGCAAGAAACUUUUUCACGAGGUCAUGGUUCGAGUGAGCCAGGCAACAUUCCGCUUCUUCGAUGUCACUCCUAUCGGUCGCUUGAUGAACCGACUGACGUCGGAUAUCGGAGUGGUUGACGGUAACAUUAGUGAACAGUUUCAGGUUAUUGCGUUCCAAGCCAUCACCUGGAUCUCCUCAAUUGUGGUCAUAGCAUCGGUGACACCAGCAUUUCUUGGUUUCUCAUUCACUCUCACAGCAGCUUUCAUUUUCACAUUUCUCCAAUUCCUGCCAACGUCACAAAGCCUGCGACGACUUGAGAUGGUGUCUCUUAGUCCUCUGAUCUCGAAUUUUGGCGAGCUCCUGCAUGGCCUGACGACUGUUCGUGCGUUCCACGCGGAAGAACGCUUCCAAAACAGAGUCAUCGCGGUCGUAGACAAAUUCCAGGGCAUGGAUCAUUUCUACUGGUCACUUCAAAGUUGGCUAAUGUAUCGAUUUGAAACUCUGUCAGCUGCGUCCACAUUUUGCCUCACCGUUCUGGCAUUAUACACCAAUGUCACUCCAGGUCUCGCGGCUUUUGUACUGAUAGCCGCCAACAACUUUGUUGCAUCCACCCAUGCUUUGUGCAAACAAUAUGGCCAGCUACAAAUGGACUUUGUCUCAGUUGAACGGAUCGACGAGCUGCUUCAUAUUGAGCAGGAGAACCCAGGAACAAUUGAACCCCCGGCAUCCUGGCCACGGUUUGGGCAGGACCUCACAUUCGAAGACGUGACCAUUCGAUACGCACCGCACCUGGAGCCUUCACUCCGCAACAUUUCUCUUACAAUCCCCGGAGGUUCGACAACGGCCAUCAUAGGCAGAACAGGAAGCGGCAAGUCCACACUAGCCGUCUCGCUGCUCAGCGUCAUUCGCCCCGAAUCGGGCCGGAUCGUCGUCGACGGCAUCGAUAUCGCGCAAGUCAAUACGCAGGCGCUUCGAACCCGUGUCACAUUCGUUGCUCAAGAUCCUGUUCUCUUCCCCGGUAGCAUCCGGUUGAAUCUCGAUCCGACCGGUGAAUACUCGGACGAGGAGUGUGCAGAUGUGCUGAAGCGUGUCUGUAGUCGGCAUGGCUGGAAUUUACAGACGCACGUCGAAGCCGGUGGCCGCAACCUCAGCCAGGGUGAGCGGCAGCUGAUCGGUCUCACGCGGGCCGUCUUGCGUCACAGUCCAAUUGUCAUUCUCGACGAGGCCACAGCGUCUAUCGACCAUGAAAGCUCCCUUGAGAUUCAGCAGGUCAUAAGGGAGGAACUACGGGAGUCAACGGUUAUCACCAUUGCGCAUCGGUUGGAAGCAAUCAAGGACGCGGAUUACUAUGUCGUCCUAGAUCAAGGACGGGUGUCAAAGCAUGGCUAUGUCAAUGAUAACGGCACUUCUCAGAUACAGUCAUAG